AUGCAAUCUCUACCGACUGAAGUUCAACUUGAUGUUUUAAAAUGUCUUAAUUUCGAUCAAUUAAUCUCAUUUAAACAAACUAAUUUUUACUUUUGGGAGUUGAUUAAUAGAUAUGAAGAAGAAUUGGCUCGUAUAGAAUUCAUUUCACUCUCGAUAGUUUAUUUCGACAGUGUAGAGUUAGACUCAUCUAAAUUUAUUCCACUUAAAUCUGGAAUUUUUGAAUUUACUUUGAAUGAUCAACUUAAGAAGAAGUGGCAAACAGCAAUAGAUGAAUCAAUCCCGUUGUAUUUACAUGAUUUUGCUUAUGAUACAAAAUAUGUUGUUUGUCUGGACAAAAAACGUUUAAGACAAAUAAGUCUCUAG